AUGCCCAAUAUGAUCAGAGUCCUCGUCGUCGGUGCAUCCAUCGCCGGCCCAACGACGGCUUACUGGCUGGCCAAAGCCGGAGCAAGAGUCACCAUCAUCGAACGCUUCCCACACCUACGCACCAAUGGACAAAACGUCGAUAUCCGCACCAGCGGUGUCACCGUGAUGCGCAAGAUGCCGGGCAUGGAAGCAGCCGUGCGGUCCAAGGUUACGCCAAUGGAGGGCUUCAGUUUUGUGCGCGCUGAUGGCGAACCAGUUGCGACUAUGAGAGCGACGGGUAAUCCCGAUCAGCAGUCGCUUGUUUCUGAGUACGAGAUCUUCCGCGGCCAGUUGGCGCAGAUCCUCUUUGACAUGACCAAGAACAAUGAGAAUAUUGCCUAUGUUUUUGGCGAACAAGUUGUCUCGAUGCAGCAACAGGACGGCAACGGGCCGAUUACAGUCGAGUUUGCGAAUGGCUUUCCAACAGCAGAGUUUGAUCUUGUCGUUGCUUGUGAUGGUGCCAGCUCGAGGACCAGAGCUAUAGGUUUGGGGUGUGGAGUGCGAGAUUAUACCGAACCCCUGAACUGGUGGGCGGCUUACUUCUCUAUACAAAAGGAUGUUCUCCGAGGAAGUAAAAUGGGAGAAUCGUAUAGCGCCGUUGGAGGCCGUUUCGCUGCAGUUGGGCCGGACCCAUCACCAGGCGUCAAUCAAGUCACGUUUAUGAAUAUUCACCCGCGCAACUCCGACCCUUCUAAAGUCAUGCAGUCAUUCCGUGAGGCUCAAAAGCAAGGAAACAACGAUGGGUGCAUCGCGCUCAAGGAGUUCAUAGCACAGCAGUAUACCGGGGCAGGUUGGAAAUGCGACGAGAUCAUCAACGAGAUGAUGAAAUCACCAGACCUCUACGCCAGCGAGUUUGUGCAAGUGAAAUUACCCAGUCUGCACAAGGGACGAUUCGCAUUAGUCGGUGACGCCGGGUACGCAGGCUCCCUGGGUGCUGGUACAACUCUUGCGCUCACUGGCGCCUAUGUGUUGGCCGGAGAGAUUUGUAACCACAAACAUGAUUUGUCGGCAGGACUGAAGGCAUACGAGGAGCGCAUGCGUCCCAUCCUUGAUGAGCUACAAAAGAUCCCGCCAUUUCUCACUGCUGUGCUCGCGCCGCAGACUUCUUGGGGGUUGUGGAUAAGAAACAGCAUUUUCGCUUUUGUUAGUUGGACUAGAAUCAUGGAGCAUUCCCAAAGGAUCUUCGGCGGCGCAUUUGCUGGCGUCGAAAAGUUCAAGAUCCCGGACUAUGAGUGGGAGGAUUGA